AAUGCCUGGCGCGACUCCGUAAUCCCUUCCGGGGUAACCGUGAGGUGGCCGACAUCUUGCUUACGGAGGUGCGGCUUGUUGCUCCUCUCCUGAGGGCCGGGUUUUUAGUCGCUCCGGGUUUCAGGUUUGGGCCGUCUCCCCGCGCUUCUUUCACCUGAGAUGUUCGUGUGUUUCUAGAAGAAGACUUCAUUGGGAAGUAAAGGUCAAUGCAGAGCUGUGUGUAAGAUGUCUUAUGAUGAAAUUGGAGCUAAAUCCAUGGGACAUGGGGAAGAACUAACAAUUGAACCAUGCUAUAAGAAACUGAAGUCUACUGAAGAGGCGUAUGUUUUCCCCCAUCAUGGAAACGCUAAUUUUCACAGAAUCAAAGAGAAAACUGGAAGUCAUCGGGUCCCUGUGCCCAUCAUUGAUAGCAGAGGACGUAGUCAUCCUCAGGAGGACAAAACCAGAACUACAGACGUGCUGAAACCUGUGCAUGAUGAGAUGCCUGGUGAUAGACCAAACGUCACCGAGUCUACUGAUUCACAGAUUUUACAGGAUACACGCCCUGCAUUGGUAUCCAAAGAUGAUGAUAUAUAUAGUACAAGUACAGCAUUUAUAGGACCCAUUUACAAACCCCCUAAGAAAAAGAAAUGUAAUGAAAGGGAUCAAGCAGACACUAUCAAUGGUAUAGAUGGCAAAGGAGGACAAGAAGAGAAACAGAAAUUUAACUCCAAAACAUCAGAGAUCGACAAUGAAUUAUCUCAGUUUUACAAAGAAAUCGAAGAGCUUGAAAAUGAAAAAGAUUCAGAAAGCAGCUGUAAGGAGCUUGAACCCUCUAAGGAACAACUUAUUCCAUAUUAUCAGGGUCAUAAUAAUGAGGUAUUAAAAUUUGAAGAAAAGAAAAAGGAUCUUAGUAAUAGUCCUCAGUCACAUUUUGAUUAUCAACAGUGUGAUGGGAAUGAGCCAGGCGAAUAUCCUUGUAAUGGACAAGUAAUACCUACAUUUUGUGAUAAUUCGUUUACUUCCUUCAUGCCUGAAUGGCAGUCAAUGCAUUCUUUUAUAGUUCCCCAAGAUCCUUGUGUUCCCAGUUUUAACUGUCACUUAAAUAUUCAAAGAUUCAGUGUUCCACCAAAUCCACCAAGUAUUUUCCACACCCAAGAUGGCUUUCAGAUGCAACGUGGAUAUUAUGUAGAUAGUUGUCAGGUUAACUGGGAUUGCUCGACUUUUGAUCACAACGAUGCAUACACUGAGUGUAGUGACAUUACCAGUAGUGAUCUUUCCUCUACAAAUGGCUGUGCUGUGCAGGAUGGAUGUAGUAAUGGUUUCUGUGAAACCAGAGAAGGAUGCUGGAAAGAUUCUUCUGUUUACCAGCAUAAUGGAACAGACAGGUUUAUGAACCAGCAGUUUCAAGAGGAAAAGUUAAAUAAAUUACAGAAGUUACUUAUUCUUUUAAGAGGUUUGCCUGGUUCUGGGAAAACAACGUUGUCUCGAAUUCUGCUUGGUCAGAGUCGUGAUGGCAUUGUGUUCAGCACUGAUGACUAUUUUCACCAUCAAGAUGGGUACAGGUAUAAUGUUAAUCAGCUUGGUGAUGCCCAUGACUGGAACCAGAACAGAGCUAAACAAGCUAUCAAUCAGGGGAGAUCUCCAGUUAUAAUAGACAACACUAAUACACAAGCUUGGGAAAUGAAACCAUAUGUGGAAAUGGCCAUAGGAAAAGGAUACAGAGUAGAGUUUCAUGAACCUGAAACUUGGUGGAAAUUUGAUCCUGAAGAAUUAGAAAAGAGGAAUAAACAUGGUGUGUCUCGAAAGAAGAUUGCUCAGAUGUUGGAUCGUUAUGAAUAUCAAAUGUCCAUCUCUAUUGUAAUGAAUUCAGUGGAACCGCCACACAAAAGCACACAAAGACCUCCACCUUCACAGGGGAGACCGAGAGAAAUAAAUUUGAAGAAAACCGGGCACAGGCUCAGCAAAACCAAACAGAAGAGAAACAGAAAAAGAAAGCCAAAACAGCACAGUCCUGGUAAAAUCAUGGAGGAAAACUCAAUUGAAACCUUAAGUUACCUCACACCAGGAGAUCAGGACCCACGUCAGAGUGAAGAGGAAGACUUAGAAGACACCAAAAGAGAAUUAGAGUGUUCCUUAACUAGUGCUCUGAGAAAUGAAGUAGGAGAUUUUGUGAAUGGCCAUAAAGAUGAAAGAUGGGAAAACAUAAUUUCUGAAAACAGUUUGCCAAAUGUUACGUCUGUCGUUGAGUUGGACGAUGCACCAAAGAAACCCCUCCCCAAGGAAGAGGAUGACUUGUUUCUAAGUUUGUCAUUGAUGCCAAAUGAAAGCUCUGUUUCUUGCCCUACAGUGACUCAAAGUCUUUCCUUCGUAGCAAGUGAUGCCUGCUCCGGCACAAAGGUAGAAAAGCACAUUGAACGUCGGGAUAUCACGGCAUUAGACAUCCAGAACCGAUGUAUCGAAACCCCAUGCUCAAUUAUGCAGAAGAGAGAGACAAUGGAUAAGAGUCUCCUGAAUGAAACAAUUCUCUGCCCACCAUAUGGAUCCAGAACUUCAGAUAAAGUUUUAAGAAAAGAACAAGACAUAAAUACAACUAAACACAAUUAUUGGGCUGUUUUCUCAAAUGACUUAUCUGAUGAAGAAUUACCUUUGGGCUCUGAGAGACAACCCUAUUUUGGUAGCUGGCCUGAGGGACCUCAUAAGUUUGUGUAUGAACAGAGACCUAAGAAAGAGAGACGGCAAAAGCUGGCUUCUCCUGACAGCAGGGAGCAAUUGAUUAAAUUGAUCUCCACUUCUGAAGGAGUGUCAGAGCCAGGAAGCAGUACAGAAACAUUGAUAGAAGAGAAGCUAUUGAUAGAAAAUGAAGAUUUGUCACCUCCAACUGAGAAUAUAGACUCAAUCAUAGGAACAGAGACAAAUCUCUGUAGAAGCUACUUCCUUCAACUGGAUGUCCUAAGGAGCGCCUUACACUCAACGAAGAAUAAAAAAAGGGAGCAGAGAGGGAUUUUCAUGUUGGCACCAGACUUAAAAUUACUGGGACAGAGUUACGUCAGUGCAAAAGAAAGGGAGACAUGUGACUUGUUAACAGAAAGCCGUGGAAUAAACAUUUCUUUGGAAGAAGAAAAAGGCAGACUUUCAGAAAUAAGUAAUGAAGAUGAGACUAAGCAGAAACAUACGACUUUCAAACAUCAUUCAUCAUGGUUUUACUUUGACGUCGUCAAAGAUUCUCUUCUAAAUGUUGGUGGACAAUUUUAUUCUCAUUACCUGCUGUUUAGUAGACUAAGGCACUCUGUGUAUUUUUACAAAAACCCCAUUCCUUCUCUUAUCUUGCAGUAUACAUCUAUCUUUUGGAAGAUAUCUUUUACAAGCAAGAAACCAAUUUUGACUUUCAACUCUCAAACAAGAGUAAAUGAUACAUUAAGUGAUGUAAAAUUUCCUUCUUCACAGAUUUUAAGUAGCCAGACUGAUACUUCAUACUCUUUUAGGGUCACUUCUGAUCUUCCCUUUUUAAACGAAAGGCUUGGCGAAAAGCUCGAGACAAGGGAAGAACCUAAGCCAUUACACUUCUUACAAACUGAGGAUAACCAAGAUUUAACAAGCACUGACUGCUUUGAUUCCCUUCAGCUACCAUUAUCACAAGAGUUUGCCUUUCAACUAGUAAAGCUUUUUGGAUCUCCCGGAGUUCCAGUGGAAUCUUUGUUGCCUGAUGACUACGUGGUUCCCCUUGACAGGAACACACUGAAGAUGAUCUAUUUGCAGUGGAAGACAUCAGUAGAGAAAAGACAGAAGAAGAUUGGUUAAAAAAAAUGAGAAUUCCUUGAACUUUGAAGUCUGCAUCUUGCUGGUACUGUCGAAGAUCCUAACAUCAAGAGAGAGUGCUCCGUACAGACCCAAAGGAUUAUUUACAGCGAUAUACUCAUUGGAUACUGAAACUGGUAUAAAUGAUCUGUUCAGCCAUUCUUGAUCAGUUUCCUGAAUACUAAUAAAAAAAACAACAAAAGAGGUAACAACUUGAACAUUUUAUUCUCUAAUUUUGAAGAUAUUUGCCCUACUUUAUUUUAUGAAGCAAAUAAGGCACAGAAAACUUGAGCAGCUUAUUUUAAAAACUGCAUCAGAAUAGAAGGGUAGCCCUAAAUCCAAGUAUGGGGUCUGUGAUUCCACUUCUGGAAUUCUGAAAUCGAAAAAGUACUGGAAGCCAAAAGUUGUUUUUGUUUGUUUCAUUUGUUUCUUAAAUGUUUGACAUUAAAACUAAGUUGCUAUUUC